AUGAAUAGCCAGAACGAGGCCAAAAAUAGCGCCCAGACCUCGAAAGGAAAGUGCCAACCGAUUGAGAUCCCGCUAUGCAAAGAAGUACCCUAUAAUUAUACGUACUUUCCGAAUCCUUACCUUCAACAGGAUCAGCAAAGCCAACGUGAAAUCCUCGGUUGGGAUAACUUGUCGAUCGGUCUGAAUCUCUAG